GAACAACUCCACUCCCUGCCAAGCAUUCAACCGGGCCAGACUUCACACACUCUGUCUCUCUGCCAUAACCCACUCACUUGAUCAUUGGAUCUUCACCCACUACCACCACCACCGCCGGAGUAGAGUGAACUAGUCGUCGCAAAACUUGAGAGCAGAGUUGGUUUCGGUCUGAGCGAGAGAGCAUUGUAUCUUGGUCGUCCUUGUCGUCGUCGUCGUCGUCGUCCUAGUCCUCGACAUCAUCAGAAUCAUCGGACCACUCCGUAAAAAAUUCAAUUUUCUCUCACUCUAUUGUGACCCUUUUUCAUCUUGUCUGGAGGCUGCUGCUGGGUGGAUCUGGAUGUAGCUGACAGCCAGUUUAUUGUGUCAUUUCAUCACAGUUCAUCCAUCCCAUCAUCUUAGACUCACUCUCCCCUCCUCACCCGCACACACCACUGAAAGCCACUCAUCAGCAACCUCGUUGGGGACAAGAAGAGGAGGUCGUCUAAAUAGCAGUUGUGUGAGCAAAUUGAGCACUUGUUACAUACAUUUCCUAGGCGUCGAUACACAACUGGCAGCAUGGUUCGCAAACGACUGUUGCACCGCCACUAAUCCACACACACGGGAAGAAAGCCGUACGUUCGAGUAACCGGAGUAGCCAAACUUUGCUGCUAACUGCUGGGCGUGGGUGAGAAGAGUGGGACAAAUUAUUUGCGUAUAUCGGAAGAUUGCGUGCUUGCACUCAUUCGUAGUACCACGAUUGGACCUUUCUCGCUGGGUAAUCAGUCAGUCAGCCGAGUUAAAGUUGCUUAUCGCGAAAGAAGGAAGAAGGAAACACGGAGAGCAACGGGGGUCCACCUGAUCAGGAACUGAACUGAAGCACAGCAGCAGAUCACUCUUUCCCUGGAUGGAUUGGUGAGCCGCGAGGAGCCGGGAACUUCUGGUCCUUUUCUGGUUAUAUUGGGUCGAGUUGUCGUCAUACGUAUUCUUGGGUGUUGGAGAAAUUAGCAGCUAAGACCCCCCGCAAAGUCUGCUGGAGAGCUGAGGAGUCCACUUGACCAAAUCACCAGGAAGGGAUCAAUUUGAUUCCCAGGCCGAGCAGGAGAUGAAGAACAAACAGAUUUCCUUUCUCUCUCGUCACUUCUUAACCUAAAUCCAAAUCAGUCUCUGUUCCUUUCUUUCUUGGAAAAUCACGACUUUCCCACUCGCUCUCUCUCUCUCCUUGUCUACGAAAAGGGAGGAAGAAGAAAGCUCGGAGAAUAAGAAACAAGCUGCAACGGUGCAAAGUCACAAGAAGUGAAGAAGCACACACAAACUUUGCUCAUUGGAGGAUCAAAGAUCUUAUUGAACAUUUCAUCCUUUCUCCAUCGGUUUACCCACCCAACGACUCGCCAUCUCGCUCCAAACGAGACUUGAAGACGGAGACAAAAGAGAGAAAACAGGAGAAAUUUCCUUUCCCUCCUUUCAUUCCUCUUUGCUCAGCAGUAGUCCACCCACCCAAUACUUAACACAAACCGGCACUGCCUCAUGUACAUGGAGCAACAUACAGGGAGCAGCAGUACGAGUUGAAGAAGUGUGUAUAUGCAAGAAGUUUAUGCGACACAAAAUUUCCUCUUAGCUCACUCAACUUGCCCCACUUUCCACAAGAGAGAAAGCUAGCGAAGGAAAAGCACUAGACAAAAUUUACAAGUGUCACCUGGAAUGAAAUAAUACCUCCUAUUUCAUUCUCCUGGCUCUCUCCAAACACAGCAAAACGUCGUCUUCUCGUCCUCUUCAACAAACAAAAAAGGUGCUGGACUACUUAUAAAUAGGUAGGGAAAUUCCAACGGAGGAAUGGAACCAAAUCUAUAAUUACGUCGGGAUGAUUUAUGAUUGUUAUUCGUUCGUGUUGUAAUUGCAACUCGGAGUGAGUAUCAAGAACGAUAUACAACAGGACCCCUCGCCGUCUUGUCAUGUGUCGAUAGGAAAGCGGAAGUCGUGUUAAGUGAUUGAGCGCACACGACUGCAAUUAGAAAUUGGGUCUGUACAAUUUAUUUGUUUUCCAUGACUCAUGGAAAUUAAUUGAUUUACCGACUCCCAUUUUGGACCUAACAGCACCUCUGCAAGAAAAAUAGGAACAUUACACAGGAAGAGAAUUCUAUAGCCCAAUAACAAUAGUUACACAUAUAUUAUAUAAACAUAUAUAUACCCAGCGGCAGAGGUGGACAAGGUGCAAUCGAAUAAAAUAUUUAAGGUGUGUUGUGUGUUGGUGAUUUUGUGCCCAAAAUGGAUGACCCCGUCGUGGAAUUGAACGUCGGGGGAAUAAUCUACGCUGCCAGAUUGAGCACGGUUCGCAAGGAGCCGGGUAAAUUGGCCGACAUGUUUUCGAACGGUGUCGACUCAAUUCCAAAGGACUCGAAGGGAAAAAUUUUCAUCGACCGGGAUGGCGUCCUCUUUCGUUACGUGCUGGAUUAUCUACGCAAUCAAAAUAUCGUUCUGCCGGAGAAUUUUCAUGAAAAAUCUCGUCUCAAGGCGGAGGCUGAAUAUUUCCAGUUGGAAGGACUUUUACGAUCCCUUGACACCGAGUCGAGACAAGCGGGUUACAUCACCGUCGGCUACAGAGGCACCUUCGCCUUCGGGAGGGAUGGAUUGUCGGACGUCAAAUUCCGCAAGUUGGCCAGAAUCACAGUGUGUGGACGGGUAGCUCUUUGUCGAGAGGUGUUUGGCGACUCGCUGAACGAGAGUAGAGACCCAGAUCGUGGCCCAAUGGACAGAUACACCGGACGCUUCUUUUUGAAGCAUCUCUUCCUCGAACAAGCUUUCGACAAUCUCCAAGACGCUGGAUUCAAGUGCGUGGCAUCCUGUGGCUCCGGCACCAGCGGAGGAUCGGCAGAGCUAAAGCCUGGCAUGGACCCUGAAGAGUCGAGAUGGAAUCAUUACAAUGAAUUUGUCUUUAUGCGAGAAUGAUGGAUCAACUAGACCAGAGGAAUUUGUCUUCAUGAGAUAAUGAUGGAUUAAGUAGCGCUUCUCAUUUAUUGUGCUUCGGAGUCUCCUUCCCUUUGUGAGAUGAGAGGACAGCCUUUAAUCCCCUGCACAACCUCCUCCUAUUUCCCAUCACUUUAUCCUUUAGUUCUCACCAUUCUACUCACAACUCUGGACUACUAACUACAAUUCUUGCACUUUCACUGAUGACUGCCAGUUCAGUUCGUGGCUCCGUGAUCACCAUUCUCUCCUCCGUUUUCUUCUUUCACCUCUUCUCUCCCAUUCAUAGAAUAGUAGGGAAACAGUAGUUUCCCACAAAUAUACUCCCACGGUACUUGGUUCAUGGUCAUGUUUCGCGGUUAAGUACAUUCUGCUUAUCACAACCAGUUGCGUUUUUUUUCAAUUCUUCAACAACAAUGCACUACUGACACGUACAUACCGGUGAGAAAUCUAUGUGACGACGAAAACCCUGUGAGAUUACGAGAUCUAUACUUAUUGAUCUCGACAUACAUACUAUUAUUGAACUACUACCUACAAUAUGGAUACAAGAAGAAAAAAGAAUGUUACCAAGUAGUGUAGAAUUAUUAAGGUAAGAAGGAAUGCGUGCGAAUCUAUACUCUUCUUAUUCUUCUGCUCUAAUUAGUUUGGGUUAGGAUGGCUUAAAUUACAUUUCUUCUCGACUAUUAUACAUUAUCUUCUAGGCGAGUGAGGCUGAGUGUAACAAACAAAUGUAGCAUUAUUAUUAUCCAUCUACUUAUAUCUGUACUAUACAUAUAUUCCAUUACUACACAAUUAAUGAAAUGGUUUCUAGAUUCGUCCUUCCUUCCUUCACUGACAUAUUAUUUAUUCUGUGUAUGUACGACCAACAUUUACGUUUCCAUCAUCAUCUCUCUCUCUUUCCCAAAUGGUUUCAAGUCACUCAUGCAACAGUCGCAGCAACUUUCACUGACUGCUUUCACCCAGCAAAACUUGGUCAAUUUGAGAUAGAUAGAUUAUUAUUGCUGGGGAGAUCCACGUCGAGAGGGAAAAGUAGGAAUACACAUCGGGUUUUAAUGGACUGAGCCCUUGCAAACCUAACAUCUCUACGACAUCAAAUCCAUUAAAACCAGAUGAGUAUGGAAAAAAAAGAUAUUACGAUUCACCACCAAGUUAUUGGGAGGAUACUGCCCCGGCGUAAAUAUUAUUAUCACUUUUCCCAUCUAUUUUCAUUCUGAAAGUGUCCUCGCCCUUUUUCACGACUGCUGUUGCAGGGAAACUUUACCAAAUUAAUUUAUCCACUCUUCUUAAUAAUUCCAUCCUUUUCUUUACCAACAGAAUAAGUAUGUACUUGUACACAGUUACGAAUAAUGUAUGUAGUAUUUGCGUAUUUGCAUAUUUACUAUGACGAAAUCGAUGAAAAUUGAAGUAGAUUAUGAUUGCUUGCUACAUAAAUAAUAAAUUGUACUGAAUAAGUAAUGGUUCUACUAACUGCUACUACUACUACAUAACUAACUAACUAGUCGUCACAAGUAGAACAACAUAUUGUUCAAUUAUCUAAAGUGAUUUGAAUUUGUUUCUCCUUUUCUGAACAUUUCUCGUCGACACCUGGACGAUCUUCCAUCGCAGAUUUGUAAACUUAAUGCUCUGACAAGUUCAUGUUGAACUGCAAGCAUUUAAUUAGUUCGGUUGUAUAUCGACAAAAAAACUAAAUUAGUAGUCAUUCCGCAACUUGUAAACAAACAAGAUGAGAAAAAUGUUGAAACCAAAAGGUUGUGGUUGCAAGACGGAAAAAAUCCUAUCUAAUCAAUGUAAUCCAUGGACCCAUUAUUAUUAUGAUUAUUAUUAUACAUGCAAAACUAAAUGCUCUCCUUGUAAUAUAAACUAAUUGAUGAUAAAUAUUGAUGGUGAGGAAAUGCGUGAUUCAUAAAAAAAUGAUAUAUUAUUUGCCAACUUGCAUAAAAUGUGAUGCUGAUGAUGCUAUGAGGAAUAUGUAAUUAUUAGAUUGUUUAAAAUAAUAGAGUUUAAAUUUUAAACCCCUCGUAUACUUAAUGGUUAGUUAAUUAAUUAAUCAGCUACAUAUUUACUUAUUAAAUCUUCUUGACUCUGAAUGUGUGAAUUGUUGGUUUGGCGGUGGUGGUGACAUGUGUUUUUAGUACUGUUUGCAGUAUAAAACUACAUAAAAAAAGUGAAAUUACUUAAAAUGUUGUACACAUUGUUAUCGAUCAAUGAUAAUCUCAUAGUAUUUCUAGCAUAUUAUUAUUAUUAAUAUUAUAUUGCCUAAAUAAAUACAACACACUUGAUAAUUAAGCGAGUGCUAUUAAAAAAAUUAUUGUAGAGAAAUAAAUGAACAUUAACUUGUGUGAAUCUAUCGUCACUGUUAUUAUUAUGUAAAUAUUUUACUUUGGAGAGAAUGAAUAAAAUUGGGUGUCAGUUUAACUACAAAAAAAAA